AUGGGAAAAGAAGUUCUACAUAACGGCAGCUUGUAUAUCCACCCCUUUCCAAGUUCAGAGCUGAGAGAGGAAAUCCAUAAAACUAGUUACAGAUGUAUUGCUUCUAACCCAGUGGGACAAAUACUAUCUAGAGAAUGCAAACUUAGACCAGAUCAUGUCACUGAAGCAAUUCCACAAAUUAAAGAAGACUCUGAAACUUUGACUGCUAAAGCGGGAAGUGCUAUUGAUUUGCUGUGUGUCGCACAAGGAGCACCUCCACCAACCUACAGGUGA